AUCUCAAAAUGUUUAAAUUAUCAGUAAUUACUAUAAGUAACAAGUUAAUAUGUAAACUGUAAUAAUUUUACAUUACUUUUGACAAGAAGUCUCGCGGGACGGCACAGGGGCAAGAGGGGAUACUACGCACACAUCGACUAAUCUCCUAGUUUUAUACGAGCUAAUUAGUGAUAUGAUCAUUUCGACCAAUCAUAUGUCACGACCAAAAGUAUAUGUGAGCUGAGGUAGGGCGCGACCAAUCAGAUUGCGUUAUUCUCAUGGGAUUAAUUGGAACGAGCGUGCUCGAGGGUGUUACUAAAAGAAUCAGGCAACCAACUCGAAAAUUUGUAUCUGUGAAGUACCGGAAGUUUAUAAACACUUGUUGUCCGUUAAAUACCUUUGAAGGUUCAAUGAAGAAGUAAAAAGUUUACUACGAAAGCUAAUCAUUGUUAAACCUUAUUCAGACAGAUACACACAUACAAAAGAGUAUAUAAUUAAAUAAAUAAUUCAUAAGCGGUGUAUAUAUGUAUAAACUCGAUAGAACUAAUAACCAUUAUUAUUAAAAUCAUUAUACUUAUUUUACGUUCGUAGUAUUAAAUUCCAAUAAUGGCUGUAUCAACAGAAGGCAUAAUGAAUCCAAGCCUCAAUGACCCUGUAACCAAAGCAGUAAUGGACAAUAUAAUGGGUAAUUUACCCACAAAAAAACCUCUUGUUCGAUGUAACGAUUGUGAUCUUUCAUUUACAAGCCAAACAGUAUUAGAUACCCAUUUGCAAGGUGCCCGCCAUGCUAAACAGAUGAGAUCCAAAAAUAUAAUGGCAUCUCUUGAAGAAACAAAAGUAGCAUUUACCAAAGAUGAAGAGACAAAUGGAUUAAAAUGCAAUGUGUGUAAUGUUUGCCUGAACUCGAUACAACAGCUUCAAACACAUUUAAAUGGAAGCCGGCAUAAAAAGAAAGCAAUGAGAGGUGAGUGGGAUGGCAAAGAAUUUGGCAAUUCAAUGACAUCAACUACUAUGAAUGUCCAGGAAAACUCGGGAUCUAAAAGCACGUCACUUUCGUGUAACAUGUGCAAUAAAAUUUUCAACUCUCCAGCACAAUACAAUGUGCAUAUAACAUCGAAAAGACACACUAGCAAAUUGAAUCAAGUUAGAACUAUAAAAAAGAAAAAGGUUUUCUCAUACUGGAAAAAACCUAAGAAUGGUAUAAAUCCUAAGAAUUUUAUUUAAUUACUGUCGAACAACUUUAUACCAGGAGGUUUCAAAAAUUACGUAUAGAAGUGCAACUAAAUGAAUACAUCUAUUUUAAUACAUGUAUAAACCAUUCAAAUGUAAAUGUUUUAUUCUUAGAAAAGAUUAAAAGAAUAAUUCUAGAAUCAUUAUUUUUCAUUAAAUCGAUUUGAUUAAAAGUACUGAAUCCUCUAGGUAUACACGUAAUACCACUUGUAAUCUUUGUUCAUAAAACACGCAUCGUUUACUCGGUUUGUGAAGUAUACACCUUAUUCUUGGCGCUAGUUAUUUAUAAUGUAAUAUGAAUGAAGUAAACAGGCCAUUAGUUAAAAUAGUGCAAGAAGGCACUGAUAUUGUAUGAAUGUAUAUAUGUCCAUUUAAAAGUUAAUGGAAAAAUAUAUAAUAUUGUAAUUCUGAAUAAAUUACGUCUCCGUGAA